AUGGCUCCCAAUAUAAGAAGACUUACAUCUUACUUAAGACAAAGGAUUGCAUCAUUACAUGAUCAAGGAUUACGCCAUGCUGAGAUUGUCAGAGAACUGUUACAUAAUGACAAUAUUUCAGUCAGCUACAACACUGUGCAAAAGCAAGUAAAACUGUACCAAUCUACUGGUGUCCUCGAGAAACCCUGCCAGAAAAAGAUGUUACCCAGAAAGUUAUCAGCUGACCAUAUGGAUUAUAUUAACAUGUCCCUGAAAGAGAAUAACGAGUUGACAGGUGCAGAUUUGGUCAAGAAACUCCAUUCGGUUUUUGGUAUAUCUGUUUCGAAGUGGACUGUUCUAAGAGCUCGUAAACAUUUAGGAUGGAAAUCGAAGUCCACACAGUACUGCCAAACUAUUAGAAAACCUAAUAAAGUGAAAAGACUUGAUUAUGCCAUAAGAUGCGCGCAAACAAAAGAACAGUUUGAGAAUGUGAUAUUCACGGAUGAAUCUACCAUCAAGAUACAAACAACCACCAGAAAAAGUCUGUACAAGGAAGGUACACAGCCCGUCUUGGUAGGAAAACCAAAACAUCCUUAUCAAGUUCAUGUCUGGGCAGGAAUCUCAAGGAAAGGAGCAACAAACAUACAUGUUUUCACAGGCCGAAUGGACUCCUUAUAUUACCAAGAGAUACUUUCCUCAAAACUUGCCCCAUUCAUCAACACCCAUUUUCCUUCUGGACACCGCCUGAUGCAGGACAAUGAUCCCAAACAUGUGAGCAAAUCGACUGUUGCAUUCAUGAAAUAA